UGCCGCUGCAGGAUGGAGGAGAGGGCCCCUCCACCUCCACCUCCACCUCCCCAGCCUCCAACACAGAGCCGCCCUCCUCCGCGGCCCCCACGGCCCCCCGCUGCCCCCACAGCAGCAGGACCUUCACCGGCCUGAGGAUCUUCUGCAGGAGCCAGAGAGGAGCGUCAGAAGUCUCCGCCUCUCUCCGUCCAACAUGGACACUUUUUUACGCCGUCACUUUAAGAGGAAGGAAUCGGCUCUGCACGCGGGCGCAGAGGCCUGCCGCCAGCGGAGGCCCAGCGUGGCCAUCCCGACCAGCAAGGCCCGCCGGAGGUCCAACGCCGGGCUGCCGUCCUUCACCCUGACCCGGCGGCGGCGGUCCAGUGUGCAGCUGCAGGCGGCGCUGCCGUGUGCGGGAGGGGGGCGUCUAGCAAAGACGGGCAGGCAUAACAUGUGGGCGGGACACGUCCGCCGGCGCUCCAGCACCACCACGCCCAGCUACAACCCAAGGUUCGCCGUGUGCAGGAGGAAGGUGGGAAAACUGCGAACCAUCACCACGCACCUGCUGGGCCCGUCCAUUCUGCUCGCCAGUCUCAUCCAGAUGGCGGAGGAGGAGGGGGCGGAGCUCCCGGCCGGGGAGCAGCAGGUGGAGGUGAAGGGCGGGACCAACAACAGGAGGAUGUUCUCACGCUCCAGCAGCCUCCACUCGGACAGCAGCGAUUACUCCACCGCCAAUGACAGCCAAUCAGAGGCCAGCCAGCUGUCUGAGGCUGAGCUGCUGGUCGCAGAAGAAGAGGAAGACAACCAGCGCGCCUCCUCCUCCUCCUCCUGCGCCCUGCACGUGGUGAGAGAAACCCCCCGGCCUCCGCCUCCGUCACGGCCCCUGAUCCGGGCCCCUCGCUGCCUGCGCAGGAACUCCUCCCAGCUGUUGUUGGCGGGAGACUCCGCCUCCUACGGCCGCUGCCGCGCCUCCAGCCAGAGGAAGAGGAGGAGGAUCUCCACCAUCUCCAAGGCCGGGAGCCCCUGGCCGGGGAGAGGCCUCGCGCUGCCCAACCGCAGGAGUUCAGUCUACUACCUGCACAACCCGGCCGUCUACAGGGGCCCCGUACCCCUCAGCCCGCUGGGGGCCCGCGGCUACGACUCGCACCUGGAGAGCUGGAGCGGCUUCCUGCUGAAAGCUGCUGCGAAGUCGGGUCUGCCCGACGUGGCGACGUCCGGACAAACAGACGCGCUGCAGGAGCCCAACAGCACCGUGGACUGGAGUGACAACGCCCAGGUUGGGGAUCACAUCUGGUUCGAGACCAGCGGCUCCGGAGACUUCUGCUAUGUUGGAGAGCAGUACUGCGUCGCUAAGUCUCUGCAAAAGUCGGUGGCGAGAAAGAAGUGUGCAGGCUGCAAGAUCUCAGUGCACACGAUGUGUCUGCAGCAGCUCGACAAGAUUAAUUUCAGGUGCAAACCGUCGUUUAGAGAACCAGGAUCUCGAGCUGUUCGAGAGUCCAACGUCAUGCGUCACCACUGGGUCCACAGGAGACGUCAGACGGGGAAGUGUCGACAGUGUAGCAAGGGAUUUCAACAGAAGUUUUCAUUUCACAGCAAAGAGAUUGUUGCCAUCAGCUGCUCGUGGUGCAAACAGGCGUAUCACAACAAGGUGACGUGCUUCAUGCUGCAGCAGAUAGAGGAGUGCUGCUCUCUGGGAGCUCACGCUGCCGUCAUCAUCCCUCCUACCUGGAUCAUCAGGGUCCGCAGAACACAGUCAUCUCUAAAGUCGAGUAAAAAGAAGAAAAGGACGUCGCUGAAAUGUAACAAGUCGAGCAAGAAGGUAUCAGAGCUCCAAGACAGCCGCUGGAAGCCCUUCCUGGUGAAGCCUCUCCCCUCGCAGCUCAUGAAGCCUCUGCUGGUGUUCGUUAACCCCAAGAGUGGAGGCAACCAGGGAGCUAAGAUCAUCCAGUCCUUCAUGUGGUACCUGAACCCCCGGCAGGUGUUUGACCUGACGAAGGGGGGACCCAGAGAGGGGCUGGAGCUGUACGCCAAAGUGCCCAACUUGAGGAUCCUGGCCUGUGGGGGGGACGGGACAGUGGGCUGGAUCUUGUCGAUGUUGGACGAGCUGAAGCUGCAUCCUCCACCUCCGGUGGGCAUCCUUCCUCUGGGGACCGGCAACGACCUGGCGAGGACUCUCAACUGGGGAGGGGGUUACACCGAUGAGCCGAUAACAAAGAUCCUCUCGCACGUCGAAGACGGGAACGUAGUGCAGCUGGACCGCUGGAACCUGGACGUGGAGGCUAACCCUGAGGCCCGGCCCGAGGACCGGGACGAACACCAGACAGACAAGCUCCCCAUCGACGUCUUCAACAAUUACUUCAGCCUGGGCUUCGAUGCUCACGUCACACUGGGCUUCCAUGAAUCGAGAGAGGCGAACCCGGAGAAGUUUAGCAGCCGCUUCAGGAAUAAGAUGAUCUAUGCAGGGACGGCCUUCUCAGACUUCCUGAGCGGGAGUUCGAAGGAUCUCGCCAAGCACAUCAAAGUGGUGUGUGACGGUACAGACCUGACGGCUAAAGUUCAGGAUCUGAAGUUACAGUGUCUGCUCUUCCUCAACAUCCCGAGGUACUGUGCCGGCACCGUGCCGUGGGGUCACCCCAGCGAGGAUCAGGAUUUCGAUCCGCAGCGUCACGACGACGGCUGCAUCGAGGUCAUCGGCUUCACCAUGACGUCUCUGGCCACGGUGCAGGUGGGCGGUCACGGCGAGCGGCUCCAUCAGUGUAAAGAAGUGACGCUCACCACCUUCAAGUCCAUCCCCAUGCAGGUGGACGGGGAACCCUGCAGGCUGGCCCCCUCUGUCAUCCACAUCAGCCUGAGGAGCCAGGCCAACAUGGUGCAGAAGACCAAGAGGAGGAUCUCCAUGCCCCACCUCAACGAUCAGCAGCUGCUCCCAGAGGUGCUGCAGAUCCGGGUGAACAGGAUCAGCAUGGCGGCGUACGAGGCGCUGCACUACGACAAGGAUCAGCUGAAGGAGGCCUCUACACCGUUGGGAGUGAUCACCGUCCCCGGGGACAGCGACCUGGAGACCUGCCGCCUGCUGAUCGAGCGUCUGCACGGAGACCUGGAGGAAGACAGCGUGUCUCCUCACAAGCUGUCCAUGAAGUGGUGUUUCCUCGACUGUACGACCGCAGACCGCUUCUACAGGAUCGACCGGGCGCAGGAGCACCUGAACUACGUGACGGAGAUCUCUCAGGAGGAGCUCUACAUCCUGGACCCGGAGCUGGUCUCCAAGGAGACGGUGGGCACCUCCCCCGGCAUGCCCGACCUGGUGGGCUCCGAAGAGCAUCAGGAGCAGAGACAGUUCGCCUUCCCCGCCUCCCCCGCGCCCUCCCCCACCCCGAGAGUCAGAGACUUUCAGAGAAACAGGUUUUCCAGCGACAGUUCGGUGGCUGAUGCUCUGUCACAGAGCUCCUCUAACACCGCCCUCUGCAGGAGGGGGGCAAAGAUUGUCAACACAACGCUGGCUGAUUUCAGACCCAUCAUUAGUCCUUCCACUGCUACCUCACACCACUCUGAAAAAGAUGCAGAGUUGAUGAACUGCAUCGAGACUGAAGACCUGACCCGGCUGACAGAGCUCCACCAGCAGGGGGCCGACCUCCUGCUGCAGGACGCGGCCGGCUGCACGCUGCUGCAUCACGCUGUGGAUGCCAGCAGCAAAGACAUUCUCAAAUACCUCAUCGAACACGUGCCCAAGUCUCACCUGGACAUCACAGAGAAGGAGACAGGUGAGACGGCGCUCCAUAAAGCCGCCUCCUCCUGUCAGAGGAGCAUCUGUCACUACCUGGUGGAGGCCGGGGCGUCCAUCAUGAAGACAGACCUGCAGGGAGAGACUCCCAAACAUCGCGCUGAGAAAGCCGACGACCAGGAACUGUCUGAAUAUCUGGAGAACCGCCAACAUUACCAGAUAAUCCAGAGGGAGGACCAGGAGACGGCGGUCUGAAGUCCAUGCCGUCCCUCCAAACCUCCGUCCGUCUUUAGGUCUUUCAUUUAUCUUCCCGUCUAAAGAGUCAAAGGAGGGAAGACGGCAACAUAUCAGCGAGCGCUUCUUCUUCUUCUUCUCUGCUAUAAGAGGGCAGGAGGCGGGUCGACACAUUGACAUUGUUAUUAUUGAUUUAGUCCCCAAACUGUUUUAAAGGUGCACUCCCCCUUUAAUAUCAACAUUAAAGGUGCACUCCCCCUUUAAAGUGACCCUCUUACAUCAGUUCCUCCGUGUCUCCUUGAACUCCAGUAGAAACUUUAUCUCCUCUCCUGCCUCCACGCUGAACGCAGAGUCACAAACGUAGAAAAGUGUUGAUGAAGUAAAUGGAGCCGAGUUCAACAAACAAACUGAAAACAUCUG